AUGGACGUCGAGCAAUAUGGACAGAGCUCUCACCAGCCGAGGCAACGGAGAAGAAGAGCUGGAAAGCGGCGAUUGAACAACAAGGCUCCGAUCGCAGCACGUCUGGCGCUGGAUCCUCAGCUGCGUGGGAAGGUCGGCAUCUUAUCCGAAGAUCUAGCGAAUGACCUGUUCCAACAGCAGGCGCUCCAAGAUGUCACAACCUCAGACGAUGGAGUUCUCUAUGUUGCAAUUGCCCCGCAUACGCCUACGUAUACCCCGGUGGAGGACCAAGCGUGGACGAUACUCCCAGUACGCAUCCAGCCAACAGAAAGGUCGCCAGUCCCGAUGUCACACUCGACUGUUCUAUUCCCAGAGUCAGCGGAUUCACUCCAACCUUUCCUACAAGCUCUGGGAAAGGUUGAUUCAUCGCGCAACUCCCUACAGGCACAUCGGUCCGUAGAGAUUCGGAUAUUGGAUGUCGCCCCAAUCCACCUCGAUACAAUCAUUGUCACAGUAGAGCGCCAUCUCCUUCGCAAUCAUGAUGAUGUCCAGAACAAAUUUAGUGGUGGAUUCCAGAAUGCGCAAGGGCCCAAUGGCCUAUGGGGAAAGGCCGGGAAGACCGCAGAAGCCAAGAAGUGCUCGAAGAGAGCGGCAGCGGAUGCCGAACAGCGGCUCACCGCAGCUGUUCGUGAGGCAUUGGGAGCCCAGCAUAUUGUACAUACUGGAGACGUGCUGCCACUUCCUCUUCCUCCGCACCCUAUCACCUAUGCGCCGCCGCCCCCUGCUCGAAUUUCAUUCUGUGAGCCUGUUUCGCAAGGCCUAUUGAUGCCCACUACCAAGAUCGUUCUCAUCCAGGCUCGUGCUCAAGGAAUUCGUGGCCAACAAACGCUUCCCCCGAGAUCGACCCUUCUUAAGCAAGUGGCUGAAGAUGAGGCCGAUGACACCUCUAACGAACAAUUCUACUCUGCCGCAGAAGACAAGCCUGGUGAAAGCGGAACGGAGAUGGAAGCUACAUCGGCGGCCGAAGAGUCGGAAACAGAAGGAUCGACAGGGUCAAUGAGCGACUCCUCGGAUGAUUCUUUGGAAGACAUGAUCUCCCUCAGUGCACCUGAACUGCCGCAGCCAGCAUCGGGCGUGAUGUCUUCAUUAACAUCAGCAACCCCAAGAGCCGGUGGCCGACGCACAGAUGGAAUUCAUACCCCAGGAUCAGUGGCAUCAAACUUCACAUCGGCCACCAUGCGCCCUGGCCGUGGUGGAGGCAAGACCUUCAAGGUCGAAGGCCUCCUGCAACAAGUCCCGAAUGAAGUGUUGCACCCCCGGCCACGCGAUGACGAGGAUGUCGACUCUUUCGUCUUUGUAGACAUUAGCACCCUGGCCAAGAUUGGUUGCUUCUCUGGCGACUGGGUCAGAAUUGAAGCAACCGAAGAGCCCCAGCUGAAUAUGUUUGCUUCUCUCAAAUUCGGAAGCUUCAAUGACUCCCCCGAAGACUCUGGCGAUUGGCGCCCAGUCAAGAUCUUUGGUCUCUCUGGACUUCCAUCCUCUAAGCCGCGAUAUGCCAUUAAUUACUCAGGCGAGCGUCGGCCCAGCAUCUCUCAACGCCCACCCACCCGCUUGACCCCCCCAGUAUUCGUCCCUCCAUUGCUUUUGGGUAACAUUGAAAACCCCAAGUACCUGCGGAUCUCUCCCAUGACUUUUGCCGCAGCCAACGCCUCUUCAAAGCCUGGUCUUUUGCACCAGAUGAAGAACACUGCUGCCAAGAACCCUCCUUUGGCAAAGGAAGUUACCCUGCUUAAGGUGUCUACUCCUCUUUCCAUGGAUCGGGUUCUUCAGCCAGCGCUAUUUGCAGGACUGAAGCAUUACUUCGAGUCACGCCGGCGAAUCCUCAAAAGCGGCGAUUUGGUCGGCAUCAGUGUCGACGAAGGACUCGGUAGAUCAGUCUUCUCCGGAACCGCUGGCGGGGACAGUGCCAACCAAGAAGAAGAUAUCACCACCCGACUCGGCCAGAAUAUCGAUUCCGUUAAUGCGGGAGCCCGCAAAAUUGGUGUUGCUUGGUUCCGCGUUGGACAGGUUGCACCGACUACCGUGGAGGAGUUGGAGGAGACAGGCGAAGACCAAUGGGGUGGAGUUGCUGUCCUUGACCCAGCAACUACUCGGAUGGUUCAGGCUGGAAGCGACGUGAGCCGAGUUCCUGGUGUGCUGAACAAUGGAUGGGAAUACUGGCUUGGUGUCAAGACCGUACCAAAGAGCAUCACCGAUGCACCGGCUCCUCAUGGCAUCAUUGCUGAGCCCCCUCAGUCCUUUAUCCCUCCAUUGCAGCAGCGGAUUCGGGAUCUCAUGUCUGCUGCGACUAGUCCUCGCGCUAUCCAGCUCGGUAUGAAGCCUGUCUUCAUCCUUCUCCGGUCUCAGCAAAGACACAUUGGAAAGGCAACUGUAGCAACUCGGGCGUGUUCAGACAUUGGUCUCCACACAUUCCCCAUUGAUGCAUACGAUAUCCUGACAGAAGGCGGUGCCAAUGGAGGUGACGUUAAGACUGAGGCAUACCUCAAGGCUAGAGCGGAGCGAGCUUUCCAUUGUGGAGCCAACUGCACAGCGCUGAUGAUCAGACAUAUCGAAGUGCUUACCGCUGAUCGCAUUGUGACAGCAAUGACCGAUAUCUUGAACGAUGCCAGAGUCGUCAUUGCCACCACCACCGACGUUGAGAACAUCCCCGAGGGCAUUCGUGGUCUGUUUACUCACGAGUUCGAGAUGGGUGCACCGGAAGAGAAAGAGCGUGAAGGCAUUCUCAAGAACGCAGUCGCAGAACGCAGUAUCAAACUGGCUGCCGAUGUAGAGCUGGGCACCGUUGCUCUGAAGACCGCCGCUCUCGUCGCAGGAGACCUGGUCGACGUCGUGGAACGAGCCGCAGGUGCGAGAACUGCUCGACUCGAAUGCCUGGCUGAAGCCAGCAAGCAACAAUCCGGCUCAGAGGUCUUUGUCAGAGAUGUCCUGCUGGCAGGAGGUGAUGGUGCACGAGGUGUCACCAAGGCAGACUUCGACUUUGCCGUGGAAGCCGCACGCAAAAACUUCGCCGAUUCCAUCGGUGCCCCUAAGAUCCCGAACGUCGGCUGGAAUGACGUUGGUGGAUUGACCAAUGUCAAGGAUGCUUUGAUUGAGACUAUCCAGCUGCCGCUUGAGCGCCCCGAGCUCUUCGCCAAGGGCAUGAAGAAGCGUAGUGGUAUUCUGUUCUAUGGACCACCGGGUACUGGAAAGACCCUGCUAGCCAAGGCCAUUGCCACUGAGUUCUCUCUCAACUUCUUCUCCGUCAAAGGUCCUGAAUUGCUUAACAUGUACAUUGGUGAAUCCGAAGCCAAUGUCCGUCGUGUAUUCCAGCGUGCCCGCGAUGCCCGUCCCUGCGUUGUCUUCUUUGACGAGUUGGAUUCUGUCGCUCCAAAGCGUGGUAACCAGGGUGAUAGCGGUGGUGUAAUGGACCGUAUCGUCAGUCAACUGCUCGCAGAAUUGGACGGCAUGAAUGGCGGCGAAGAGAACAGCGGUGGUGUCUUCGUCAUCGGUGCCACCAACCGUCCUGAUCUAUUGGAUACAGCCCUGCUCCGUCCUGGCCGUUUCGAUAAGAUGCUCUACCUUGGUGUCUCGGAUACCCACAGAAAGCAGGCAACUAUCCUCGAGGCUCUGACUCGGAAGUUCGCUCUCAGCCCUGAUGUCUCACUUGACCGUGUCGCUGAACGUCUUCCUCUCACCUACACUGGUGCUGAUCUAUACGCGCUUUGUUCUGAUGCCAUGCUUAAGGCUAUUACACGGAAGGCUACGGCUGUCGAUGACAAGAUCAAGAGUCUGCCUAAUGGACCUGUCAGCACUGCUUGGUUCUUUGACCAUCUCGCAACACCAGAAGAUGUAUCUGUCACAGUGACAGAAGACGACUUCCUCUCCGCCCAAGGAGAACUCGUGCCAAGUGUUAGCGCCAAAGAACUCGAACAUUUCGAAAGAAUCCGCCAAACCUUCGAAUCAGUCGACAAACAAAAACAAGACCCGGCCUCCAACGGUGCCCAAACAAUUGCCGAAGCAAUGGAAGCCUUCAACCUGGACGGUGCGGAAACCCCCUCACAAACAGUUUCACCCGUCCCCAUCUCGAAUGGCGAUACCCAAGCACCCGGUAGUGGCAGCAUCCAUGACCGCAUCAAAGGCCUGAAACAGUGGCCUGGCAGUAUGGUCCGCAGUCCUAGCGGACAAUCUACGACUAGUAGUAAUGGAAAGGCGAAAGGCAGGAGUGGCAGUAAGAAGGGGAAAUCCAGUGGUGUGGACGGGAAUGUCGAUGAUGAUGUCGACGGUGAUGAGGAAGAUGGAGCUGCGGGUGGUGAAGAUGGGGAUGAGGAUGAGGAUGAUUAUGUUGUGAGAACUGGUCAUCUUGGAAACCCUAUGGAGGAGGUUGAAUAA